CUACUUUGCUGUUUCGAAAUAUUUUCCAUCGUUUCGCACAGCGGUCAUUUAGCGCCGAUACUGACUUCAUCGACUUCAUCAAUGUACCGCGUCGAUGUAAACGUCGACCGGUUUGUCAGCCAUACUUUUUUGUGUUGCAUAAUACUUUUCUGGUCUGCGGUUUCUCACGCACGUGAAACGAACAUCACUUCGACAGUAAUCCGCUUGGUGCUUUGAUAUCUUGGGACUGAGAUGCGUUCAGACGUGGUUACAAGUUUUCCUCCGUAUUUUUGCCGGGGAGAAGUGGUUAAGGGUUUCGGAAGAGGCAGCAAAGAGUUGGGAAUUCCGACUGCAAACUUCCCAAUGGACGUAGUAGAUAAUUUACCUGAGGCAGUUAGUACUGGAAUUUACUAUGGUUGGGCAAGUGUGGACAGAGGACCUGUCCACAAAAUGGUCAUGAGCAUAGGAUGGAAUCCAUUUUAUAAUAACACCAAAAAAUCCAUGGAGACUCACAUUAUUCAUACAUUUGACAACGAUUUUUAUGGAGCAGAGCUUAGUGUUGUUAUUUUAGGAUUCAUUCGACCUGAAAAGAAUUAUCCAUCAUUGGAUGCUCUCAUUGAAGCUAUUCACGCAGAUAUCAGGGAAGCUGAACAGACGCUUGAAAAAACUGAGAACAAAGAGUUUGCAUCUCAUAGUUUUUUCAACAAAACAGAAAGCGACACAUGACAAAUCCAGCUCACUGAAUUUCGUGUACAGGAACCUGAAAUAUUAUGUUAAAUUACUAACAAGUUGGCUUGCGCGGCUGGCUGAAUUUCGAGGGCGGUGAAGCCGAGACGACAACGGGAAGUAAUUUUUAACAGAGUUUUUUUUUCGUGUCGAAAUCCCACCAGCUGCGCACUUGUUACUAACAAAAAGUUUAGCCUUUUUAAUGCACGUUCAAAUCGAUACUAUAUCUUUAAGGCAGAGCUCGAAUUUAACUUUCACAAAAUGAAACUGUGCAACUUAAGCUCAGAGAAAAUAGAAGUUACACAAGUACUGAAGAAACAAGAAAUGUUCCGGGAAUCGUUUUGGGGUAAGUUAAACUGUAAACUCUUCGCUCGCAUUCAACUUACUUGUGACAUGAAAUAAAGUUGCUAACCUUGCAAACCAGUAACACGCGGCCAUUAUAUACAUUCACUUUUCUGGCUUCGCGCUCCACGAUUAUAAGGAAAGUAACCGCUGUAGUUGCCAAGUUGUUAUCGGGUUUGACCCGUAUAGUUCUCUGGUGGGUAUGAAAUGGUAGGCCAAUGUAAUUCCCAUGAUACCAAACCAAAUGUGAGUAAUAUAUUUACACUGUCUUUAACAUGUUAAUCACGAGCUUUGAAAUUCAAUGACAAUUUAUUCCUAUAUGCAACCUCAGAAUGUAAAAUAUGCUAUUCAUCAGUAUCAUUUUUUGAUAAGAAUUUAUUCCAUGUGUUAUUCCUCAAGUGUAUUCCUUACCUCUGAUGUACAUAUAUUUUCCAGGUUGAAUAUUAAAUUAGCGGUGUAGACUUGUUAUAUCAAUAAAGUAUAAGAAACUACGA